AAAUUAAAAAAACAAAAGAUUUUACACUAGUCUUUGGUCCCGUGUCGGUGGCUGUACAGCCACUCCUUAACAAAUUUGUGACAUAUCUGCAGAACACCUUCCUUUCCAAAAGUUCCAAAAGCGAGACUGAAUCAUCAAUGGCACAGGAAGCAAAGAGGUAUGCUGUCGUUACAGGAGCAAAUAAAGGUAUUGGUUUUGAAAUAGUUAGACAGUUGGCUUCAAAAGGGAUCGUAGUGAUGCUGACAGCAAGAGAUGAGAAGAAAGGUCUUGAAGCUGUUGAGAAACUGAAAGACUAUGGUCUCUCUGAUCACGUGGUAUUUCAUCAGCUCGAUGUUUCUGACCCUGCUAGCAUUGCUUCUUUGGCAGAUUUCAUCAAAGCAAAGUUUGGGAAACUUGAUAUCUUGGUGAACAAUGCAGCGAUAAACGGAGUGAAACUAGAUGCUGAUGUGGCAGGAGCCGAAAUUGAUUUUGCUAAUCUGCCCCAAACUUAUGAGUUAGCAGAAGAAUGCUUGCAAAUAAACUACUAUGGUACUAGAGGAAUGGCUGAAACACUCAUUCAUCUCCUCCAAUUGUCUGAUUCACCAAGGAUUGUUAACGUUUCAUCCCACCUCGGGAUUAUAAAGAACAUACGAAACGAAAGGGCUCAAGGAGUUUUAGGUGAUGUUGAAAAACUUACGGAAGAGAAACUGGAUGAGAUACUGAAGGAGUUUUUAAAAGAUUUUAAAGAAGGUUCAGUGGAAGCCAAAGGCUGGCCAACUUUUCUAUCUGCCCAUACAAUCUCAAAAGUAGCAGUGAAUGCCUACACCAGAAUUUUGGCCAAGAAAUACCCAAGUUUCUGCAUCAACUGUGUAUGCCCUGGUUAUGUCAAAACUGAUAUAAAUGGCAACACCGGCAUCUUGCCUGUUGAAGAAGGUGCUGCAAGAGCUGUUAGAUUAGCCCUGCUCCCACAUGGUAGUCCUUCUGGCAAGUUUUUUGUUCGGCAAGAUGCGUCUUCUUUCUGAAUAAUAAGUCAAUCGAUAUAUUCAGACGGACAAUAUUUGUCAUAUUUGCUUGUGUGCUGUUGUGUCUGUAGCACUCCUAAGAUUUGGGAGAAUAUCUAAUAAUAAAAGAAUAGUUAAAACACUUGCCUCUAAUCAUCGUUGAUUGAGUAUUCGCAAGAUUCAAUUGUUUCUAGAUUGUGAACCCUCACAGAUUUCUAUAUGGAGAGUAUUGGGUAGAGGUUUUCA